GCGGGGGCCGGCAUGGAGCAUUUAGGUGCUCACCACCUGCACCAAGGGCAAGCCGAACCCAUCAGCUUCGGCAUCGACCAGAUCCUCAACACGUCGGAGCCGGGCAGCUGCAUGGUUUCGCACCCUCGGUUGCAGGACUCGGCGGAUUACGGCCUGGGCUGCAUCGUGGGCAGCGCCUACAACACGGUCACCGGCGGCUACGGGACCGGCGGCGGCUCGGCCGGCGCUUACACCGGCACCUCGUGCAGCAUGGGGGCCCUGCCCGGCUCCUAUAACGUGAACAUGGCGGUGAGCAUGAACGGCAACACCUUGAGCUCGCCCGGGGGGGUGAUCCGCGUCCCGGCCCACCGGCCCGUUACCGGCGGCGUGCACCAGCCCCUCUCCGCCGCCGUGCCGCCGGUGAACGGCGUCAACAGCCUCACCGGGCUCACCUUCCCCUGGAUGGAGAGCAACAGGCGGUACACAAAAGACAGGUUCACAGGUCACCCCUACCAGAACCGCACGCCCCCCAAGAAGAAGAAGCCGCGCACGUCCUUCACCCGCCUGCAGAUCUGCGAGCUGGAGAAGCGCUUCCACCGCCAGAAGUACCUGGCCUCGGCCGAGCGCGCUGCCCUGGCCAAGGCCCUCAAGAUGACGGACGCGCAGGUGAAGACCUGGUUCCAGAACCGGCGCACCAAGUGGAGGAGGCAGACGGCGGAGGAGCGGGAGGCCGAGCGGCAGCAAGCGAACCGCAUCCUCAUGCAGCUGCAGCAGGAGGCCUUCCAAAAAACCAUCAACCAGCCCAUCCAAGCCGACCCCAUCUGCGUCCACAACUCCUCUCUCUUCGCCCUGCAGAACCUCCAGCCCUGGUCCGACGACUCCACCAAGAUCACCAGCGUCACCACCGUCGCCUCCGCCUGCGAGUAAGGCUCGGCACCUUCGGCGUCCCCCUUUUGUCACCGGCCACACGUGCGUCCCACGGAGCAAACAGCGAGGACCAACGGGAAGGGAAAACCACCCCAAAAACUCUCCCCGCCCGUGGGGCUGACGGAGCAGCGGUGUCGUCUCGCCUCCCCCCAACCCUUUUGUUCUUCCCAAAGUCUCCGGUGCCGACCACGAACUUCCUGACGCGCCGCCAGACAAAAGCUGAGCCCUGACAGACGCGGCCGCGGGCGAGCGCCCAGCUGGGGGAAACUUCCUCUGGGUUCUGCAGGGCUUGGGGCACCCCUGCAGGUCCCUAUGUAUAUAUAUAAAGCCCGUAUAUAUAUACACACAGACACACUUCGGACUGAUUGAAACAAAAGGAUGAGGCUCCCUGGGAAGCGUGUUCCUGCAGCCAGGCGUUGUGCCGGGCCGUUCGCGCUGGAGACGUUUGGGGAUGCAAGAAAUGGAGGAAACAACCCAGCUUUUUUAUUUUAUUUUAUUUUUAUUUUUUUUUCUCCUCCCAGCAGCAAUUUCUGCUGGCGACAGAUGCGAACCCUUCGGAUCUCACCUAGCCGUGUCUCCUCCCCUUUUUCAUUAAUUUUUUCGUGCGAGGGGGGAAUAAGCCAAGGAACUGACAGACUCCUGAGGACGGUAAAUGUGAUAGCUCAAUCGCAGGAAGAGCCCAAACUGUCCCCGGCUGCCACGGGCUCGGCGCCGAUCAGCCUGCGUUUUAAUAACGAGAAGACCUCGGUGGCAGUUGGCAGGGGUAACGCGGUUUCUUUCGAUGGGUUUAUUUCCAUAUCAUUUGCAAAAGGCUGUCCGGUGUUUCGUUUUCCCUGUUUUCCUUGAUGAGGCAGUUCGCGAGGGCAAAAAUCGACUCGAUUUCACUCCCAACUUCGUUGUUUCUUUAAUUGAGGGAAUGAGACACAAUUAAACAAAGCACUUCCUAUAGCAAAGGCCAGGAAUAUAUAGAUAUAUAUAUAUACAGUAUAUAUUUUUUGGUUACUUAUAAUCUAAAACAGCACUGCCAAUUUAAACAGCUAGCACAAACAAGCAAUCAGAAAACCUAUUUUCAGCGAGAUUUUAAAAGGCAUUCGUUUGUUUGUUUUUAAGUUAUGCACUUCUACGGUGUUUUACGUGUAUUCAUUUUAUAAAGUGCUUGUGUAAUUUAUGUGGAAACGAAA